AUUAUAUUCGCCCAAAUUUUUAUACUUUUUUUUACUACAAACGUGAUGAUAAAAAAACAAAAAUUCCUCUUCAUAUAAUUACAAAUUCCUUUUAUAAUGGCACUUGUUUCGCCAGACAUUGGAAAAAGUUGCAAACAUUGUAUUGUAGCGAAUUAUAGCGACGCAUGCCGAUAACCGAACGACAGGCAUUUAUAAAAUACUACACAGUCCCGAGUCCGACGAGCCCAUUGUUAAAAAGCAUGCUUUUUGAGCAUGCUUAAGUAUUGCGGAGUCAAUUAAGACCCAUUCACGCAAAAUGACAUUGAGUUCUCAAUGGCACGUGCUGGCAAUUUAGUUGGUGAUUACUGAAUGAAUGGGGCGGCCUUGACGCUUUGUCAUUAUGACUGACAGGCGAGCCAUUGUUUGAGAGCGCAUUUCAUAGGCCAGAGAGCAGGCGCGUGUACUCAAGGCUUUCUUUAUAACUGCGCCGGAACAAAGCCGCGAGAUCAUUUGUGUCAGUUACAUUCAGCGUGUUGGGCUCGUUUAUACACACACUCCCUGCGUCGCAACAGCCCCAAUUCGUAGCAAGUGCUGCUUUAACAAUGAACGAUUACCAAACAUCGUUGAGUUCGCCAUGUGUCGACGAUGCCGAGGACACAAAUGGCGUUCAGGAGGUUGCAAAGGAGCUCCAAGCAAAACCGCGCUACAGAAAGUGGGUGGUACUCGACAAAACGCGACGUCUGAAAGCCAGUGCCCGUGAGAGAAAACGGCGGCACGUCCUCAACAGCGCACUGGAAAGUCUACGCAAAAAAGUACCCUGCUUCGACAGACAAAAUCCGCAAAAACUUUCGAAAAUCGAGGUGCUCCGUCAAGCAAUCGACUACAUCACAGACCUCAGCGAAUGUCUGCAAAGCGCAAAUUCUGCAACAAGUUUCACGAUGACUGCUUUGACAGCACCAAUGUUCUUCGAUCAAGCCAUGAACUACGGUAGCCAGUCGGCAUAUUCGAGUAUGUUGUACGGGAGGUCAAUGUUGAUCGAUUGCAGCUCUGGCGACCAGGAACCAAGCAGUCCCACGUUAGAGGAUUGCUUAUCUCCUGAACCGAACACACAAUAUGCCUGUUAUGACACCGCUUCAAACGAGGACUUUGAUUACGGUAUUAACGACGCUGAACUGGAUGUUUAUCUUCGCGGGUAUAAACAGUGAUAUUCAAUGCAUCUAUGAACGCUCUGAAGGCGUUUUAUGUUAGCAAUCGAUUGGACAAAGUUUGCCGUGGCAUCAGGAAGCGAUACAAAAGAAAUUGAAGAAUUAUAAUCAUUGAUUAUAAUUAUAAUAUUGUUUAAUUAAAUGAGUUCCUCGCUAAAGCUUAGUAAACGGACACCAAUCCUGCCAGGCAGAAUACUAGAGAUAUAUAUUUUAUUGAGAGAUAUUGAGAAUAUAUUAUUGUAUAUAUUAUACACAUUGCAUGCUAUAUGCUUCUGGUAACUUCCUGUGGACGAGAUAAACACGAAGGCCGUUGAUUGCCAAUCAACGCUCAGUCGAUAUCGUCCUCACUCGAUAGAAACUCAAAGUUGCGACCAGCAAAUUUUGUACAUUUUAAAGAAGAGAUCCAAUCUUUUUAAAUCUUUUAUCAAACUCACAUUUGUAUACAAGCUAUAUAUAGAAAAAUUUUUAUAUUAAAACACUCUUUGUUAGGUGA